UUUAUCUAGAAACUUUUUAGGUAGCUAAUGGUAGGGGAGCAAAGUAUGCUAAAUGUGCAGUCACUCAAACGCUUUGGGGACCUAUUGGGUUGUGAAGAGUAGGUCCUAAAACCAAAAAAAGUUAAGUAAAGUUUUCCAUUUUAGUGGGGACUUGUCCAUUUUAAAUUUAUUUUUCCACUUCCAACAAUCGUUUUUUUAGAUUAUAACGCCGUCUAUCCAUAAUUCGAAAAAAUGUUUCGAAUAAAAGUUACUUAUUUUUAUGUAAGGAAUCCAAAUUUGCAAUAAAAAAUUGGGACCCCAUUUAAGAUUUUAAAGUAACCCCCACCCCACCUCCGUGGGGGUUCGUGUUUGGUGCCAGUCGAUAGGUUUUUCAAAAAUAUUGAAUAAGUGUAUUUUUUAGUUUUUAUAUCUGAUGUUCAUUUCGCGAAAUAUCGCGGGAUUCGUAUUUAAAAUAUUAAAUGUACCCCUACCCCUCUCCGUGAGAAGUCGUGUUUCAUAUCAUUCGAUAGAUUUUUGAAAAAUAUUGAGUAAGUAUUUUUUAGUUUUUCGAUCUGUCAUUCAUUUCGCGAAAUAUUCGUUUUUUUCUUGUGAAACUUUGGGACUCAGCCAUUUCCUUACGCCCCGCUCAAAUCGUCAGAUUUGUGAAAUAUACUGUGACGCCUCACAACCCGGCCUAAUUAUUCUCGAUGCUUCCCGGGGUUACGAGUAAAGGCCAGACCUUCCACGGCGAUUCGAGGCGACCGCUGUCAGAGUAUUUAAGAACAGGAAUUCGAGCACAGGCCAGUCAGUCAAUGAACGAGCCGCGACGCGUGAUAUAAUUGUAUUCGAAUCAGAUUUAAUGAAAUGUAUAUAUAAGUUAUCGAAGUUAUUAUGUUUAGUUAAUUAAAUCAUAAAUUUGAGUUGUAAAUAAAUCAGAUGUGUUAGAUGGUGUUAUUUGUAAUUAUUAAAAUAAAUAAGUGAUGUAAAUAAAAUAAUAUAAGUAAGUCUUCCUUUAUUUAAAUUAAACUUAGUGCCUAAAGAUAUAAAUAAAUAAAAUAGUAGAGUCAAUCGCGUAACAAAAUGGUGCAGAAGUGAGGAUACUUGAAAUAAAUAUCAACGUAAAUUUUCGGUUUAAUACAGUGAGGAAUCUUUAAUAAUAACUAAAUAUAAAUCGUAAUAAAUAAAGUGUGUGAUCAUGCCUUCCUUGUCUAAGCUAACAAUUGCACACCUGAGACUUGAAUUGGAAGAAAGGGACCUGAGUUCUACUGGCAAAAAGGCUGAUCUAGUUGAACGUCUGAAGAACGCACUAAAAGAAGAGGGUCAUGAUCCAGAAACUUACGUGUUUGAAGACAAGCAUGCUGCUUUAAUUUCGUCAAUAACAUCGUUAGAGAGCAAAGUUUCUAGUGAAAUCUCCCAAGUUUCGACAGACAUUACAUCGUUAGAGAGCAAAGUUUCUAGUGAAAUCUCCCAAGUUUCGACAGACAUUACAUCGCUGGAGAACAAAGUUUCAACAGAGAUCACAUCGUUAGAGAAAAAGGUUUCUAGUGAAAUUUCCCAAGUUUCCUCGGAUGUUUUGAAAGUUUCGACAGACAUUGCAUCGUUAGAGAAGAAAGUUUCGGGUGAUAUUUCAUCCCUUGACAGCAAAAUGACUAACGAGAUCUCUAGAGUCACUUCGGAUUUUGACGACAAGAUAUCGUCCAUAAAAUCUACUUUUGAAGAAAAGAUCAAGGAAAUAGAAAAGAAAAUGCAGGAAACGGAAAAAGUAGACAAAGGUAUGGAACCCAUCUUAACAGACAUUAAAAAUGAUGAAACCAAAAACAAAUUGGAGCCACAGUCGAUAGUUGAAGUGAGUGUGAGUCUUGCUCGUGUUAAGGUGCCAAAUUUCGACGGAAAGUCAUCAUGGAACAACUACAUGAAACAGUUCGAAUCGGCGGCCAGAGCGAACGGAUGGUCCGAGAAAGAAAAAGCUGUAAACCUCACUAUUGCUCUUCGAGGCGACGCUUUGGAUGUCCUCCAGACCAUAGCCGUAGAGGAGACAGAUGACUUCGAGCAGCUUAAAAAGUGACUGAAUAUGCGAUACGGGCAC